UGGAUUGGGCGCGGCCCUGGAGCCCCCCAGGCCAUCCGGGCUCCGGAAGACGGCGGUACCACCCAAUAACCCCCAGCCUUCUGGAGGGAAGAUGGCUCCAGUCCUCUGGGGGGGCUUGGUUUCCACCCUGUCGUGGAGUCUGUGCCUCUUUCUGAGCUUCCCGGCACCUGUGUGGCUCCAGUCCCAGCCCUGUAACACCUGCCGGAACCUGGUCAGCAGCUUUAGCAAGGGCCUGGAACGUACCGUUCGGGACAACUUUGGAGGAGGGAACACUGCCUGGGAGGAGGAGAAGCUCUCUAAGUAUAAGGACAGUGAGACUCGGCUGGUGGAGGUGCUGGAGGGUGUGUGCAGCAAAUCUGACUUUGAGUGCCACCGACUUUUGGAACAGAGUGAGGAGCUGGUGGAGUCUUGGUGGUUCAGCAAGCAGCAUCAGGCCCCAGAUCUCUUCCAGUGGCUUUGCAUGGACUCCCUAAAGGUUUGCUGCCCUCCCGGAACCUAUGGGCCCUCCUGCCUGGCCUGUCCUGGGGGCACGGAGAAUCCAUGCAGUGGUAAUGGGCAGUGUGACGGGGAGGGCACCCGACAGGGCAGCGGGCGCUGCGACUGCCAGCCCAGCUAUGGGGGCCCCGCCUGUGCCCAGUGUGGGGACGGCUACUAUGAGGCCACUCGCAACGCCAGCCACCUGGUAUGUGAGGCCUGCUUCGGCCCCUGUUCCCGAUGCUCCGGGCCCGCGGAGGGCAGCUGCCUGCGAUGCAAACAGGGCUGGGCCCUCCACCAGCACAAGUGUGUGGACAUCGAUGAGUGUGGGACAGAGAUGGCCGCCUGCAAAGCCAACCAGUUCUGCGUGAACACGGACGGGUCCUACGAGUGCCGAGAUUGUGCCAAAGCCUGUGCUGGCUGCAUGGGAGCAGGGCCUGCUCGCUGCAAGAGGUGCAGCGCGGGCUACCGUCGAGAUGGAGCCAAAUGCCUGGACGUGGAUGAGUGCGAGGGGGAAGCCGAGGUGUGCCCAGGGGCUCACGAGCUCUGUGAGAACACAGACGGAGGCUACCGCUGUGCCUGUGCCGAGGGCUACGAGAGAAGCCCGGAGGGCUGCGUGCCCCAGCAGCUGGAAGAGCCCAAGCCUGGGGGCUUCUUCUCGGAGGUGACGGAUGACGAGGUGGUGGUCUUGCAGCAGAUGUUUUUCGGGGUCAUCAUUUGUGCCCUGGCCACUCUGGCGGCCAAGGGCGACAUGGUCUUCACCGCCAUCUUCAUCGGGGCUGUGGCCGCCAUGGCAGGGUACUGGCUGUCCGAGCGGAGUGACCGGGUGCUGGAUGGCUUCAUCAAAGGCAGAUAGAUAAUCCGUCCGGGUGGGAGGGCUGCCCUCCCGCUAGCACCCAGGGCCACGAGGUUGGCUUAGGGCCAGCCCCAAGGGCUGACGCAGGGGAAGCCUGGAACAGAUGGCUGGGGGAGCCUGGAUCCUGAGGGGAGGCAGAUUGGGCAGCUUGAGGUUGGUACGAGGAGGGAAGAAGCCGAAGUGGGUCAGCAGCCUCCCAAGCCCGCCGGAGCCAGGCCUGCUAGGUUCUGGGCAGCCAAUCCUCUGCCAAGCUCGGUGCCUCUCACUUGGCUUCCUCUAGCCAGAGGCCAGGGCUGCACUUACAUUGUUUUCUGUGUGAGAACUGAGCCAGGGGCCUCCCCUUCCUCUGGCUUCUUCCUCAGCCUCCUCUUCUCCCAGGGCCUCCCCUCCCUUUGCACGGGGGCUCCAGGCCUUCCAGGGGCGGACAAAGAUGAAGGGGAGUCGGGGAGGGGGGUGGGAGUGAGAUCCUGGAGGGGAGAACAGGCCCCACUUAAGUGAUUUUUAAGUCGUUUCCCUAUUUUGGUAGUGCCUAUGGCCUUGGCCACUCAGCUGGGUCCCACCUUCUUCCUUCUCCCCUCUCCAAGUCCUGGGAAUCGGGAGGCAGAAGGAGGUGGUUCCUGCAAGGGGAGGGAGCCGACGGGCUGAAUCCUCCUGCAUGGUCCCCCCCUUGCUUUGCCCACACUGACUAACCUAUUUAUUCAUCUCAGGAAAAUAAAGUUCUUCAUAAACCUA